UCUACCCGGCCAGUUGGCUUACGGUCGAGUUUAGCGUACUAGUACGAGGAGUGUGUGCGUUCAGUGUUUUGUGAAUCAGUUUAAAAAUAUGGGAUUUGAUGAGGGGCGUAUAGUUUUAGACAGUCCUAAUGGCGCGUACUACGCUGGUCAAACGAUACACGGGCAAUUGGAAUUCGAUCAAGACCACGUUAAAACUUUUCGAGGUAUAUACGUGAAGAUCAAGGGUUUCUGCAAAGUUCACUGGACAUCGACAGAAACGCGACGAGUCCACGAUCGCCAGGAACACCACACGAUCAACCAUGACUCCCACGAAGAGUACAUUAACCACAAAGUGUACCUCGCCGGCGGGGAAAGUGGUGAACAUACCCUCCAGCCCGGCCAUCAUACAUUCUCGUUCCAAUGCCCCAUCCCACCGAACUGCCCGGCGUCCUUUGAAGGUGCCCACGGUCACGUGCGGUACCAGAUUAAAGUCGUCGUGGAUCGCGCGUUCAAGCUCGACCAAGAGAAGGUGGUCGAUAUCAAGGUCCUCGCGCCGUUGGACUUGAACACACAUCCUUAUGCUAAAGAACCCGUGGAGUUCGAGAUAGAGAACUCUUAUUGCUGCUGGUGCAUGGGUGCCGGGUCCACGGAGACCUUGAUCAAGAUGCCUGUGGCGGGCUUCUGUCCCGGACAGAACAUGCCGAUAGAAGUCAGCUGCAAGAACAUGAGCAACGUCGAGGUGGACACCAUCAGGUUCGAAAUCAAGGAGACAAUAACAUUCCACGCGACGCACGAGCCGGGAACACGGCACCAAACCGAUGUCGUGGCGGAGAUCAAGAAGGGCCCGAUACCUGAAAACACCACGCGCAAUUGGACCGUGCAGAUGCCAGUGCCGGAAAUGGAGGUGCUCAACCUCAUCAACUGUCGAUUUAUCGAUAUCGAGCAUAAAUUCAAGGUUUCGGUAGAAUCUUCAGGCUGCCACACGGACUCGGACGAAUCACAUCCCAUAGUAAUAGGCAAUAUACCCAUAGCAGGCUUCCAAGACAACGUACCGAAUCCAUUACAGAAUCAAUUGCCCAACCAACCGGUUGUCUCGCAAAACGUUCAAGGAGUAGCAUCAACCUACCCCCCACCACCUAUUGUCACCCAACCCAUGGGUGGUGGAUAUCCCGGUGGUGCGCCUUUGCCCCAAGUAUCACCUUAUCCUGUUGGUCCUUCUUACCCUGCCGCCAAUCCACCUUACCCGGGUGCUAAUCCUCCUUAUCCGGGUGCUAAUUCUCCCUACCCGGGUGUUAAUGCUCCGUAUCCGGGUGCUAAUCCUCCUUACCCGGGUGCAAAUCCUCCUUACCCGGGCGCAAAUCCGGCUUAUCCCGGCCCUGGUGGCCCCCUGGGCGGUAAUGCGUAUCAGCCACCCAUUACAAACCAACCGUAUCCACCAAGGUCUCCCUACCCGGGUGGGAAUCGUCCGUACCCAAAUUCACCCCAGCCGUAUUCGGGAUUAAACUCUAAUGUGCCAACAGACGGUACGCCGCUUCUGAAAACCGGUACCAUAGGAUUUGGGGGUCCGGUUAAUGCAAAUAAUGCAGUGAUACCUUCAUUGCCUGCCGGAGCUAAUGUUCCUUAUCCGACAAGUCCAGCAAACCCAUACAUGGGGGCGAGCGCUCCGGAGCCUCCCACUCCUGACAAUGAAAACAAGCAACCCCUCAACGGCGUGCCAAAACCCUAGAUCUUAUAACAUUAAGUACACUACUUUAUUCUUAAUCUUAUGAUGUGAAAGUCACUAGGUAAUACUUCACCACCUAAUCCUUAAAAAUUGUUUUAAAUUGUUAAGGACGUAGACACGAUAUUGGCCAGUAAAAAAUCCAGAAUUAAUAAGUGGCGGAGUUUUUAAGUACAGUCAGCCAGAAAAGUAGCUGAACAAUUUCAAAGCUCAACAUGCUUUUACAUGUUAACUUCAAUCGUUUUUUUUUUCGUUAUCAAAUAUAAAGUCAAAAUCUUAUGGAAUUUCUUUUUCGUUAUCAAAACUAAAGUCAAUUCCUGAAAUUUUGUUUUACUAAAUACUAAAAGGUAAUUGAGAAAGAAACCAAAGUUUAAAGCUGUUUUUGUGACUGAUUAUACUUAGGUUUAAAUUUGGGUGCAUUUUAUAAUGGUCAAGAAAUGUUGAAAUGGUUUUAGUCUUUGUGAUGAAACAAAUUAACAUAAUGUUCUUCCUUGUUAAUGUGUGUGCCACUUAUACACAGCGUGUUGCAAUGAAGAGGUAUCAAAUAUUCUAAUACAAUGAAUCGGGUUAAAGUUAUGUAUAUACGAAAUCAGAUUAAUUUUGUAUCAAUAUACUCAUUAAUCCCUAAAUUAUAUUGCUACUUUAUUCGUCAGAUAAAAAACUAUUACAUUAACAUAUUGUCUAGUCUCAUCAGUUAGUGUUUAAAAAACAUCAGCUGAAAUACGGGUCAUUACUAACUUUUUUUUAAAUGUAGACUGUAAUUACUCUUGAGCUAUGAGCAUUAUUUCUCUCGAGCUAAAGUUGUAAUUGAUACCUCUAUUUUGUAACAUCCUGUAGCAAAUAAAGGCCGGCCUAUAUUAAGGAAAGCCUGUAUGAAUAAGUGAUUGUGUCUUGUUAUUAGUAUUUUUUAUUUUUAUAUAUUUACCAUACAGUUGCUAUUUAAAUGUUUAUUAUCACAUUUAAGACAAUAUAUUUAAAUACAGAAUAUUAUGUGAUUUAUAAGGUUUUUUUUAUAUUUUUACAAAUAAUUAUAAAAUAGUUUAUGAGACUUAAACGAUGGUACUAUGUUUUUGUAUGUUUUUAUAUAUUUCUGAGAAAGUUAAACUUUCAUGAAUAUUUCGAUACUUUACAUAAUGAGUUUGAUAUUUAACCAUUAGAUUAAAAGUCAAAUAUAUAUUACAAUUGCUUAUUACUUUUAAAGCAAUUAUAUCUACUGGGGCAUAUUAAUAAAUGCUUAUAAAACAGUAAGGGCCGACGGAAAUUUUGAGUAGAUUGUAACGUAAAUUAUAUUGAAAAAGUAAUUUAGUGUUUACAGCGUGGUAUUAAAAUUCAAAUUGGCUUAUGUCACGGCCUGAUCAGUAUGAUUAAAUCAUCUUCAUCAUAAACCGCCUAGGUCCCAUACAAAAAGAUCAUCCUGUUAAUACCAUCGGAAUAUCAAUAGCAAUAAAACUUAUUUAAUUCAGGCACAGCAAAGUGACCUACUGCGUGUGAUGUAAUGUGAGUGUCGACUCAAGAGAUGAUUACCUCUCGUCAGUCGACACAAUCAUUCACUGUUUAUAAAUAAAUAAAUAAAUAAAAUACUUUAUUUAUCACGUAGGCGAACAAAGUUGCACUUAUGAUACGUCAAAACAAAUCAUAAGAAUAAUUAUUAUUUCUAUACAACUAUUAAAAUUACUUAUAUAACUAUGGACAUUUUAAAUUAGGGAUAAAAUUUAUACAAAAGACAAGGUACAAACCGAAGUAACCAGCUCGGGCUGGCAAGUAGGGGGAAAUAGAAGGGUAACGCGUCGCGAUCCUCACCGGCGAGGACAUGAGCCCUAACCUAGCUAACCUACCGGCCUUUCACUAGUUUGAAACCAAUAUACUAUUAUUAAUAUAGAUAUUAUAAGCAAUUGUCAAAAGCCCUUUGUGACCUUUAUAUUUCGUAUCUUGUGCAUUUAAUGUUUGUAUGAAUGUUUUUGUGUCAUGCAAAUUUUGUCUAACUUGGAAAUGGAGUGGGUCCAGGUUGUAUAUGUAAGUUAAUAGAAUAACAAAGGAGCCCGAUAAGAAUACUCGGUAAUGCUUUAGGUGAAAACCAUGGAUCUCAUGAUUGAAAAUGAAAUAAAUAGGAUAUGGAUUUCGUAUAAGAAAUGGUGACUUAUUCUAAAUUUGCAAGACACAAUAUACUUAAGUGUUACCUACAUAUAUCUCUGACAAUACAUAGUUAUGGGUAUUGGCAAAUAUCUUGAGCGAUGAUGUUUAAUCCUGGGAAAGAUAUCGAUUAGUGAAUAUCGUUGAAUGCAAUACUAUAAUAAAGAUCGACUAGAGAUUGAAGCUCUUCGAUCAAAUGUAUUUUGAUUACGCGGUCAUAGUAAAUAUGUACUAAACGAAUUAAUUACUAGGCAUUAUGAAAUUUAACAUCUAACUCAUAGGGCCGCGCCACAGUCUCCGCCCCAGCGGUACUGCGAGCGGGGUUGACUGUACGAGUGAGUUGACAGUUAUACGGAGGAAUAAGAAGGAUGUCCGAGCCCCGAGCUUAGCCACGACACGCGUUUUCAAGGUAGCGUCCUUCAGGAUGACGUAGUGAAGUGCCACAAAGUACUUGGUGACUUUAAGUUAGAUGUGGUGUUGCUAGUUUUUAUGAGCGGUGGUACAGGUUGUCGUUUGGUGAGCGGAUUGCUCAUUUCCUCAUUGCAUUGCACUAAAAAGAGUGCAAGCCUAGUCGACACUAGCCAUUAUGCCACUAUUGUGAACCUAUCAAAUAUAUUUAUGGGUGUUAAAUUGAACGUUCCUUUCCCGAGAAUUUCUCUCAUGCGCUCAAGAUAUAGGCACGCUACUGUAAGCAAAAUCAUGGAAAGUGACUUAUAUUGUGCCUUUCACUUAAUUGCAACGGUUUUCCACCCAUGUUGUCGAAUUUUGAUAGGUUUUAUGAAAUUAUAUGACAUUUAUUAUGAUUGCCAUAUAAGUAAAUAUUAUAUAAGUCAGCAACUGUAAUAGCUGAACAAAAAACAUUGUUAAUAUGUAUAGAUGGUUCGAAGUUUAAAAUUUGGCUAUUUUUAUUGCCGACUGUACCGAUUAAUAAAAAAAUACAUUAUAUAUUCAACCGUCGUAUACAUGUUCUGUGUAUUAGAAAUACUUUAUAAAAAGAAAUUGAGAGUAUGUGAAGUCUGCCACUUCGCACUAAGCCAGCAGAGUACGCUAAGGCCUAAACCUUCUUAGUAGCAGAGAAGACCCAUCAGUGGAACAGUAUAUAUGGCCAGGAGGCCCUAUUCCGUCUAUUGGGGCGAAUUUGUCUUGUUGCAGUUACAGGCGUUCUAUUCGAAAGACUACUUCGAAAGAGCUGUAAUAGCCGUGUACGUAAGAAAGGAAAAAAUCGGCCAUCAACUGUUCUAGACUAGACUUAGAACGCCCAUGGUAGCAAAAAGAUGGAUAUACACCCAUAGUCGGAAUAGGGCCCAUGACCUUCAUACAGGACUGGUAUGAUUAGUAUUCAUGUACCAAUACUGGGGCUGUAGACGUCACUUAUGGGUUCGCAAUCGGAUUCCUAUUUUAUGAUUGUCAUAUAGAAUAAAAAGGUUUUUGCUUCAAGUUUGUAUACGACUGUAGAAUAUAUUUAAUAGACUGAAGACAAUCUUAUGCACAAAUAAACUGCCUUAUGACUUGUUUUAUUGUACAUUUUUAUAGUCAUUAAAUUAUAUUGGUGUUCGACGUACUGUGAAAAUUAAUCAAGAUAUUUUAUAUGAAA